AGAAGAAAAGGUUACGUGUCCAGUGUCAGUGCUACGUGUCCGUAUGGAAAAUAAAGAAACAUAGAUCUUUGUCUCAUUUUUUAAAAAUUAUAUAAAUACCUCUAUAAUAUAGUGAGUAUAUAAUUUAAUAAUCUCACACCAAGUCACCAAGACACCAACCAAAUGGAAACUGAAAUCGUCUCAGAGUUUCUUCCCUUCGGUCGUAUCUACAAAGACGGUCGCGUGGAGCGUCUCACCGGCACCGAGAUCAUCCCUCCUUCACUAGACGCAACAAACGACGUCGUUUCAAAGGACGUCGUAUACUCCACGGAACAUAACCUCUCCGUCCGUCUCUUCCUCCCUCACAACAACAACAACAACAAGAAGCUCCCUCUGCUAAUCUACAUCCACGGCGGAGCUUGGAUCAUCGAGUCACCUUUCUCCCCCCUCUACCACAACCACGUCGCGGAGCUCGCCAAGUCCGCCAACUGCCUCGCCGUCUCGGUCCAGUACCGCCGCGCGCCGGAGCACCCGAUCCCGGCGGCGUACGAGGAUUCUUGGUCGGCGAUUGAGUGGAUCUUCUCCCACGCCGGUGGAUCCGGUCCGGAGGAAUGGAUCAACGAGCACGCAUAUUUCGAGAGAGUUUUCAUCGGCGGAGACUCCGCCGGAGCCAACAUGUCGCACCACAUGGCCAUGAGAGCGGGUAGGGAGAAGCUUGAGCCGAGGAUCAAAGGUGUUGUGAUCAUUCAUCCAGCUUUCUGGGGGACUGAUCCUGUCGACGAGCUUGACGUGCAAGACGCGGAGACGAGAAGAGGAAUCGCGCAAGUUUGGGAGGAGAUCGCUAGUCCGAAUAGUGUUAACGGUACGGAUGAUCCGUUAUUUAACGUGGUCGGAUCCGGGUCGGAUUUUUCCGGGUUGGGAUGUGAGAAGGUUUUGGUUGCUGUGGCGGGGAAAGAUGUGUUCGUGCGGCAAGGGUUGGGUUACGCGGAGAAGCUGAAGAAGAGUGGGUGGGGAGGGGAUGUGGAGGUGGUUGUGGAGGAAGAGGAAGGACAUGUGUUCCAUCUGCAGAACCCUGACUCUGAGAGUGCUUUGAGAUUUUUGGAUAGGUUUGUUGAGUUUAUAACCGACGGUUCAAAUGGUGAUGAUGAUUUUGUGAAUGUUCUUUGAUGAUGAUAAUAGUGUGAUUACCUGUGUUUUGGAUAAAUUUUUAAAUUUGUUGUACCUGUUUUUAAUUCGAUUUGUUUUACUCAUUAUGUUUGCAAGAAAUAAACUGAAUCAAAGAUACUGCUUGCUGCUGUUUAUAUAA